UAUUCGGUGCUAGAUACGUGACAUUCUACGUUCUCGAAUGCUCAGAAAGCAAAGAUUUCAGUGUCGAAACUAUGAAUAAAAAGUUAUCUUCUCGUUCAGAUUUGUUGAAUUGAAUUUGAUUGGAAAAUAGUUAGUCUUUUUUUUAAAAAAAAGGAACCUUAUGCUGUCCUUCAACAUAAAGGUCUGCUAAAGCAAAAACUUAAUUAAAUUCAUACAUCGUUUUUGUGCGAUAACAACGGUUGAUUAAAUAAACUCUAACACGGCAGUGCUUAAUAAAACCGUAGAAUAUAUUUCCGUAAACCACAUAAACAUCGUAAAUUUCAAAUAACAAGAAGGAAAAAAAACUAACAAAACUCGUAGCGAAUUUAUUGUAUACCGUGUAUGCUUAUACCAAAAAGCUCGCAAAUCGAUUACGUUUUUUUAAUAAAAGGCCAAAGUUCAAGGUGUCUGUACACCAUGUGAAUGGACUUUGAUAUGCAAAACAAUUCAAACAAUUUAUCGUCCUUCUCUCUUUGGCAAAAAAGAAGUUUUUUUUUGCUAUGAACGACUAAAUGAUGUCCUUUUUGAGUGAAAAGGUGUUUAUUGUCUGAUUACUUUGUACAAUUUUGUCGUUUUGUUGUCAUUGUACUGGAAGCUUUUCGACGAAAAACUUUUUUUUUAAGUUAAACCGUCACGAAUAGGUCUUUCAGACAGUAAUUGUAAAUUAUUCUGAUAAAAGCACAGACCGAACCAGAGAGCCAGAGACAAGGUGAAAUAAAUGUUAUUUUAAUGCGGCCAAUGGUGGAAUAAAAGUUUUUCAUUUUAUGAAUUUUCUCGGUUUUCAUAUUUAUGCAGAAAAAAAAUAUAAAUAAACGAAAUUGCCGAGUGUAUUACCAUUUGUCUCGCGUGAUUGAGCAAUUGUAGUAAUUACAUGGUUUUAACGUUGUUUUAAAAGGGUUCGUAAAAGUGAUAUUCGAAAUAAUACUUUUCUUUUGUGCGCGCGAGAUAGGCUCGUGUCGAAUAAUAUUCUUUUUAUAGUAAGUUCAUUUGGCGGUUUAUUUCCUCCGCACUAAUGAAGGUAAAAUUAAAUAAUUCAACUUAAGCAAAGAAUAAUAAAGAGAUACAAUACUAUUUUACGGGAAAAAAAAAGGAUCGUGCAUGUGCUAUUUAAACGUCAGAAGUAUAACAUAAAAUAACAUAAGUGUGGAGCAUAUAUACAUACAUAAAAUACGCCGAGGGAACAUAAGGAUUACCAGUUUAUAAAGGGAUAUAAUUAAUGAAAGAUAGCCAGAUUUAAUUCCGACUUCCAAUUGAAGUAACAUGAUAAGCGGAAUAAAUUUUGAAAUAUUCCUUGGCCGAUCAAUUUAUAAAAGGUGAUACACGUCAAAUUGACAUAAAUCGUCGUCGAAAUACACACACAUACCGGCUCGAACCAAGGAUCGAUACGAAAAUGUCAUCAUUGCCUCUACACUAUGGCAUCACACGGAAUCUGUUACUAAUUUGCAUAUUAUUCUUUCAACGGACCAAUAGCUUCUGCCCAUCGAAAUGCCAAUGUAAUGUCGAUCAUAACUUACGUGUAUCAUGUAUCAAUGCCGGACUGGAAGUCGUGCCAAUUCAGUUAAAUCCGGACAUUAAAUACAUCAAUUUGACAUUGAAUCAAAUCCUAAAUGUGCAUUUUACGUUACAAUUCUAUACUCAGUUGGAAGAGUUGGACUUGUCCAAGAAUAAGAUUGAUGAUCUUGGCUCACGUAACUUUGAUGCACAGCAGCAAUUGAAAACCGUAAAUUUAAGUAGAAAUUCGAUAACACAUUUAAAGAAAGAUGCAUUUCGUGGAUUAAAGAGUCUAUUAUUGUUGGACUUGAGUUACAAUCAAAUCACAACCAUUCAUUUGACGGCGCUGCAUGACUUGGUCGGUUUGAUUGAAUUGAAUGUAGCUGGUAAUAGUAUCAUAAGUAUGGAUGAUGGCAUUUUCCGGAAUAUGAUUUCGUUGGAAAUUUUAAAUUUCGAAAAUAAUCAAUUGUUAGACGUGCCAACAGAAAAUCUAAUGUACACAAAAAAGUUAAGGUCACUGGACUUGUCGGGGAACUUCAUUGAAUUUGUGCGAAACGACAGCUUCGAAUCGCUCAAGCAUCUGUCGGUUCUGAAAAUUACAGGAAAUGUUGUGAAUGAGCUGGAUCAAAGAGCAUUUGAUGGAUUAUUGGAACUAAGGACUUUGAAUUUAGCUGAUAAUAAUCUCACGGUUGUGCCAACGCUUCAAUUGUCAAAAUUGUCAAACCUAUCGCAUUUGUCGAUGAGCGGAAACUGUUUUACACAUCUACCGCCUGUAGCACUAUUAAAUUUGUUUCAUUUGAAGGAACUUCAUCUGAAUCGUCUUGAUAAACUUGUUAAAAUAGACUCAAGAGCCUUCGUGGACAACACAUUUCUGCAAACAAUAACCCUAGACGACAAUCCGUCAUUCGGUGAUUUGCCAGCUCGACUAUUCCAUGGUAAUCCAAAUCUUGUGGAAAUAUCCAUGCGAGGCAAUGAUUUACGAACAUUAGAUGCAGCACAAUUUCCACUGGACCGUCUCCAGAGAUUAUAUCUAUCCGACAAUCCACUCGAAUGCAAUUGUUCUUUGUUAUGGCUGUGGCGACUUACAACUGGCCAGCACGAUGAAGAAAAUACGAACACGACAAAUAUACUCGUUUUAGAUAAAGAUAAAAUUGGAUGUGAUAUAUGGGAGGAGCGGAAAAUUCGUCGAAUAUUGAAGACAAUGUCUGAAAGUGAAAUCAAAUGUCCAGCGCACAUUGUGACAAUAAUAAGUGCCGUGAUGAGUAUACUGCUGGUCGUCAUGACCGGCGUUAGUGUAUUGUGUUAUUUGCGAAUGGUGCGAAAAAAGAAACAGGCACUGGCCGAACGGAAGAAUGUUAAUAAGCGUGUCAUACCGCAACCAAUUGAUAAAUUGGAAUUGGAACGAUAUUUGGCCGCACAGGAAAUGGAACACGAAUACAGGGCAUUGCGACCGUGGGAAAUUCCCGUCAAUAAAUUGAUCGAAGAGCCAGACCAUUACGAGAAAUUCGAUGAUUUUCGGUACGAUACAAGACGUUCGCAUAAGCAACCGCAUGUGGUGUAUGUAUGACUUUGUGGUAAAUUGAAACAAUUGAGUAAAAUUAUUUUUAAAGAGAAUUUAGAGUAAAAUGAUUUCUAAAAAUUUCUGUCAAAUAUUUUCUUAAUCAAAGAAAGAGGAGGAGGAAGAGAAGGGAAGUAAAAUUUUCAGUAAGGAAAAAGUCAAUAAAUUUUUAUGGAAAUUAGAAUGAGAAUUCGAACGGAAAGGAAAGAAACUGAAAGUUUUUCUUCUUCAUUUUAAAUAAAAUUAAAAGUGCAAAUAAAUAAAUUUAAAAGAAAAACGUCUUCGAUAAGCAAUAAUGAAAAAAACAGUAAAGUUAAAGCUAAUUUUUAAAGUUUAUAUAUUUUAUUACAAACGAGUUGAGCGCUCCUUCUUACCGUUAUUUUUUGUUUGUUUUCAUUUCCCCACAAAACAAUAUUUAUAAUUGACAAGAGAGAGAGAGAGUGCUGCGGGAAUGACAACGUGAAUUAUCGCGAAAAAAAUCCAUUGCAACACAUGCUUUGAAAUCGCCAAAUUUAAGAGUGAACGAGCUUCACUAAUAUACCAGUUCCCCACGUGAUGUUGAGUCGACAACUUUUAUUUUUGUGACCUAGAAAGGCCUUGACGAGAGAAGACCUAGUGUAUGUCUCGGCCGUCACACAUCUAGUGUCAAAUGACAAAUGAAAAAGAAAUUUUUUGUUGAAAUGGGUCGUUGUGCCCAAUAUAAAUUUUUAAAUUUUCAACUUGUCACGCAACUUUUAAAAUUCAUUCACUUUGGCAAAUCUACUUGGAUUUUGUUAGAUGUGUGACGGUAGAACACUAGGCAUACCCUCGUUAAAGCACUUCUAAGGCUCAAAAGGAAUAGUUAUUUGUUAACAAAUGAGAGAAAAUAGAAAAUUUCAGCAAGAGCUAAAGUUCAAGGUGGAAUUUCUUAUAUCUCCCCGAGGUGAACACAACAUUUUUCAUGCUUGCGUUCUGCGAAAUUCCGCAUCUUUGUCCACUUAGGAGAAAAUAAAAUAAAUGGCGUGUUUUGGUAUUCGGCCAUUUUAUUUAGUUGAGAAAAUGAUCACUUUCUCACCCAAUAAGGCUGUACCCGCCAUUUGAGGAGAGAAAAUGAAUAUUUUCUCACCCAAAAUGGCGCCUCUCAGAAUAACAACAAAACUACAGUUUCACAACGCUUCAUAGUGGAACAAAUAAUUUCCCUAUCGGGUACAUGUGGCAUUUAACACCGACAACAUCUUAAGAGUGCUGUGGAACAUUCUUGCUUUCACUUCCUAUGAGUUGACCUGACAUGACAAAUUUGUGACACUAUAGAUUUUGUUGACAAAACCGUUCUACAGUGGGUUAUUAAAUGGUAGUUUACGGAAAAUUUCCUGAGAACUUAAAAAUCAUGUCGUAACUUCAAAAGAAAAAAAAUUGAUGAUCGUUUCUUCCGUAUCCCAAUACCGUUUAAUACCAGUUCGUCCACUGCACAAAUGACUUCAAUAACAAAAUUUUGUUUGAUACAAAAUCUUGUACUUCAUUAGUUCUGUCAUAUAUUUUGUUAUUUAAUAAAGCAGUAGCUACAGCUCAUCGAAUAUUUUUGAAGUCGUUGUCGAUAACAGAUGACUCUUGAAAUUUUUAGACUCGUAUGAAGUAUUCAGGUCUUAUAGGUUUACGCAUACGUUUGUAACACGUCGAAUUGGACUCCCUUAGUAAGGGGAAGCCUAUUGUGGUUGUGAUUGAUAUCUCGAUCAAAUUUUGACCGAAUUUUAUGAUAUUUUUUUAUUGAAAUGUGAUAACGAAUUAUUCGUCACGAAUGUAAAGUGUCAGUACUAUUUCCGGUCUUCCAACAAAAUGGCUGCCGGUGGCCAUAUUGGAUUUUAGUAAAAUUGAAAUAUCUUGAGAAAAAUGGUACUUAAUGUUAAUUCAAUUCGUACGGGGCUGUCGACAUUGUCUCCGGCAAUUUCUUUAUGCAGAUAACAAGGCAAAGAAAGUGAUUUUAGGGCCCAUGGCUUUUCAGCAGAAAACGAAGUGAGAGACAUAAUGAGUUUCACAUUAAAAGCUUUCGAUACGAAUAGGUGUUUGGUACUGGUCGGCGUUAGCUUAUGUUUUUAUUAAUAUUAUUGGCCAGAACUCAUCGACUUUUGGUAUCGUCGCCAAUCCACAUGAGAAAUUUGUGAUCGAAUGUUUCGUAUACCCUUCGGAUUUGCCAGUGGUACAUCGUCUCUAUUUUCACAACAAGAGCGACUUUCUUUGAAUUCCAAACAUUCGAUACUAUGAAUAGGUUAACCAGAAAUGUUUGCAUAAUUGCUGGAUGAUGAAAACAUUUUUGAUGUGAAACAACCUCUUUGACGGAAUUAGAACCAGCAGCAAAAUGUUCGGAUAUAUUCGGUUCGAAAGAGCAUUCAUCCGUACAUAACAUCAAAAUGAAAUUCCUCCAUUAACCGAAACUAUUACUAUUGAAAACCGUCUUCAUCUCUCCACAAUGUUCCACAUUCCGAACCGGUCCGGUAUUCAUUUCAAUUUCUACAUCUCCCCGAAAAAUAAUUGCGUUUAGACGCAACCUUUUUGUUUCGGUUCCAUGGCAAAGUUUAAAAAUAUAUGGCCACAAAUGGGGGGUAGGGUAAAAACAACACGAAAACCAAAGUGAUUAUCCUUAAUGGUAUGUAUCGUACACCAACCACCAUCCAUACGUAUAUAUGUAUACCGAACUAAAAAAAAACGAGCCAUACAUCAGCCAUACAGUCCCAAUCCUCAGAUCGUCCAUUAAAGCUUCUUUUUUUGUUGUUGUUGUGUAAAUGAUGUUUUGUACAGUAUUCGGGCAGUAGGUAACGCAGAUAUUUUUAAUGAAUGUCGUUUAGUUUUAAAUAUUUCCAACUUUAUGGCCAUAAUAAAAUUUUAUAGAUAAAAAUACUUUAUGGCAUUUCAUUAAACAAAACAAAAAGAGAGAGAGAGAGAAAAAAAAACCGGAUGAAAAUCAUGAAAUCCUUUAUUCCAUCCGUUCUACGAUGAUACUUGUAUCUCAUAUUUCCACAAUAACUUCCACAAUUCGAGUACACACCAUCAGUUCAUAAUAUGGAUGAAAGGUUUUUUUUCCCUCGUUGUUAUAUGAUUGGUGCACUACAAUAAUAUUUUAUUACACGUCCACAAUACCAUACCGUAUACCAUCAUCCUCAACACUUCUCGCUUUUCGCCAUGCCUCGGCUCUCUCUCAAUGAGUGCUCAAUAAAAGCGAUCGAAAAUUUAAAUUCCAAUUCAUGUUUAUAUGCAAUAUAAUGCCAAAGGAAUUUUCUACACACAAACGAUUUAAUUAAGCUUCACCAUCUGAAUGGGAUACCUAACUGUGUUAAUCGAUUUACAAUAUAUAUUUUAGCAUUCACAUUCGGUCACAUAUUUUAUUUGACAAUCGUUAGAUUGAAAAUCCCUCAUUUCGAUUUGUUUGUUUUCAUCACACAACCGCACAUAAGCUCAACGCUCGCCAAACAACAGACAUACGCAGCAUGUCGGCUGGACGAUAUUCAAAACAUGAAAGGGACCAUUUUGGUAGACAGUUUUUCAUCCAAAUGAUAUUCGAACUGAUGGUAUAUAUAUAGCUUAUGGCAUGGACUAUGUGGAUAAACGUGUAGAGUGUUUUCUAUUAGAUGAAAUGACCAUUUCAAUCGUUUUACCUUGCAUACCGGAACGAAGUCAACCCAAAUCGUUUGUGUAAAUGGGAGGCUUAUUUUUAAGGGUUUCACAUGAACCUGAUAAACCAGACGUUGCAUCUUACAGUUACAUUCUCCAUCAUCAGAGUUUCGUUUGUCAACGGAAGACAAAAGUCACGAGUUUGGUAUGAAUUUAAACAGUUCUGACAGAUGUCCUUGUCUUUAUCUAGUUGUCUAAAAAAAACGAGCUGACCCCAUCCCAUCUCCAUGUCAUUUAUUAUGCUUCAAUAGGCUUACAUCGUUGCUACUUCCAUAAACUUGAUCGUAAUGUCUUAUUACAUUGCUGAUGCUUGUCAAUAACAUUUUCGUCGUCUGAACGAUACAUCAGACGUAAUAGUUUCGGCCAAUUUCACCUACUGCCUAUGCGACCAAAUGGUCCAUGAAACUUUCUUCCAUCUAUGUGACCAUUUUCUCUACACGAACAUAAAUUCCCGGAUCUGCACAUAAGAUAACCCCCCUCACAUAGUCACAUACAAUUUCCAUUCAAUUACGGUCUAAAUUGCUUCUAACAUUUUCUAAAUAUGAACAACACACACACACACACACAACCCGAAAAAAACUUUAAUGCGACAGCGAAGAUGAAUCGGUUGUGUUUUUGUCUUUUCUAUUUGUUUUGAGUUUUGCUGCUAUUCUGCUCAAUUUUCUCUAAAACAAAUGUGGGGACAAUGGGGGAAAUGAAGAAACAUUUAAAUUUUUAUUUAUUUUUUGCAACAAAAUCUAUUUGGAGUAUAGUAAACUGGACUGUCGUCGUCAAAUGAUGAUGGUACUUCUGUCUGUUUUUUUUUUGUUCAUUUCUCGAAAAUCGUAUAGUAUCUUCUACACUUAAGUGCUUUUAAGUUUGUUUGUAGGUCACUCGAUAUAAAUGGCUUUACUCUGACGUCGGUAUGUCAUGCGGUAUUGGCGAGAAAAAUGUUGAAAUAAAAUGAAAUGGAGGAUACGUGAGCUAAUGCCAAAAAUUGGGGUGAUCAAAUUGUAAUUUCAAUACCUUCUGUAGAAACGGCUAAUCAUUUGUUAUCGUCAACGACGACAAAAAAACAAGCGCCGUGUUUCGGUUAGUUUUUAUUUAUGUAUAGCAAAAAUUAUGUUAAAAUGUUUGAAGUAAAAGAUUUGAACGCAUCAAAUGCUUUAAAUAGAAGCAGGAGAUUUAUCGGUUAUAGCUCAAUAUGCUUGGAAAAGAUUAAAAAGAAAUCUUUAGCCAUUUACAAUUAAGGCAACCGAACAAUCAUGUUAAAGCGCCCUGUCCAUUUACACCCGCGCCUGCUGUUGGAUCAUUCCAUACACUUUUCGUUGUUCAGGUAGUAUAUACAUAUGCUACUAGAACUGCAAAGUGUCUCAGUUCGAGAUCGAGUAAACGAUUCGAGUCGAAGUCGACGUCUCUAGCAAAAGAGUUUAUAACCAAAAAUGGCUAAAUUUUCGAAUUGCACACAGCUGUUUUUCACUGCAGCUGCUAUUUGCACUGAAGAGCAAACAGUCACUCCGUAAUACGACAAACAUUUAAUUGGUUCGCUAAAACUGUGUCAGCAGGUUUAUGUUUCCAUGUAAACUUUAAUAAAAAUUCUUUUCUACUAUCCUAAAGCAUCAACUCAGGCAGUGAGCUUAAAAAGGUUGAAGGUAAACACCACAGAGAAGUUGUACGAUUCACUUUUGAAAAGUUGAUUUAAACAAAAUCACUUCACGUGAUUCGCCAAAGUGAAACGUUUAAAUUCCCUUUUCCGCAUUUAUUUUUUUUUCCUAACAAUUUAUGCUCUACUUGUUUUAGCUAAAUGAUUUAAAUUAAAAUGCAUGCGAAAUUGAAGUGUGGCGCUAAUUUUAUAUGGUAAAAACCUUUCGGUGUAAUAUAAACGGUGGCAAAGCAUUUCUGAUGAGGUAGAGAAACAUUUAACGAAAAAAAAAGAAAAUCUCUCACACUCUCACCACCGAAUGAAAAGUCCUUAAGGAAAAACCACACCAAAAAGCCACAAGCUCUCUAUAUAUCUGGAGUGUUCGUAAUAAAUAUCCUUUCAAAAUAUUUUCUGCAAAUACAACAAUAUGUGUACGGUAUAAAUUUUGCAAAAGCUUUUGCUUUUAAAAACAUUAAAUUAAAUUAUGAUUUAUAAAAUGCCUUGCAGCUGGUGUAUGUGUGUGUGAGCUUAUGACGGUUUUAUGUACACAUUUACUGUGUGAAGCCCAUGGGUAAUGGGAAUCAUCAUCAGCAUCAUUAAAUAGGUUCGGUUCGACGGGGUGUGGGAUAAUGGGUGGGG